AAGGAGGAAGCUACAGGAGACACAGACUCGAGGACAAGAACCACCGACGAGCAAGAGAGAGGUCUGAGCGCAGGCUAGUCUAACCGAGCCGAAGCUCGAUGGGCCAGUCUGGCCGAGCUCACCGUCGGCAAUCACGCUCCAAUGAUGGUCGACAACCGCGUGCCUGUGCCUUCUUCUUCAGCCCUCUACAACGACGGCGAUGACGAUGGCGCUGAUGACGUAGACGAGAAUAACAACGACGCCUGGGAGGGCACAGAACCAUCCCAGCCCAUUCGACAGGCUGGUCGCCGCUCCGCAACGUCUAACCGGCCCUCGCAGCAGCAGUACGGGAGGCACAACCGUACUCAGCUGUGCCGUCACCACCAUCACCGCCAGCAGCAGCAACAGCGCCAGUCGCCGGUCGAGUCGCCGGUCGUCGUCAUCAGCUCGUCGGCAGAGGUCCGCCCGUUAGACGGCCUCGCGGAGAACCAGGGGGGCGAGCAGGCCAGACUCGGCGAGCCGAGAGAUGUCAGCGGUGCGGGGUCGAGCCAUCGUGGACAUGGCGAAGGGGCGGGUGAGAGGGUUAGCCGGGUGCAGCGGGGCUCAAAGGGGUCGAGCGAGGGGAUUGUCGCGGACGCAAGGGAGGAAGAUGGGUCAGCCGAUCGACAGGGCGCGGACGAGGGCGUGCGCGAGAUGGAUCGUCUGCAUUCUACAGAGGCUGAGGCGGCCAGGGCUGCAACGCGGGGAGCCCAUGGUCACGAGCUUUUGACGGGCGAGGACGGGGUACACGACGUCCGCCGCCGCACGCUUGCUCCUGCUCAACGCACGGCUCUGGCUGCCUGUCGCCCUCAACCUUCGUUGUUGCAGCUGCGCCAGUCGUACCCUCCGCCGGACAUGGUCCCAUCAUACGCAAGCGCCCCGGUGCGGCCCCUGCGUACCCUCCCCUCCAUCUCGCUCCUCAACACGAAGCUAUGAGCACCGGUACAACAGACUCCUGAACGAGCGAUUGCGUCCUGGUGCUUUUGUCAUCGGCUCUCGAUACGUCGCAGAAGUGGACCAAGAUGAUCAAGAGAAAGACGCAAACGACACCAACGAGGAGUUGCGCAGCAUCCAUGCGCUGGAUGUUGAUGACGAGGAUCACGAUGCCAUACGCAACCGAAGUGCUCCAUCUCGUGGCUCUCAGACGGGCGACAACGU